AUGGACUACGCGUUGGAGGAUUCCCAGAAUGCGGCUCCAGACGUGCCCUCAGUGCAGGAGACUUCGAAGCUGAAUCCAGCUGUUACCAAGACCGAGGUUCAGACCGUCACCAAAAGAUUGCAAAGCGAGCUUAUGCAGUUGAUGAUGUCCCCUUCGCCGGGCAUCUCCGCUUUCCCAAAUGCAGACGGAAACCUGCUCUCUUGGACGGCUACCGUCAAUGGCCCAGCGGACACUCCAUACGAGAAUCUGGUGUUCAAACUCUCUUUCAGCUUCCCCACAAACUAUCCCUAUGCACCCCCGGCAGUGCUGUUCAAAACACCAAUCUACCAUCCCAAUGUCGAUUUCUCCGGCCGGAUCUGCCUUGAUAUUCUCAAAGAGAAAUGGAGCGCUGUGUACAAUGUGCAGAGUGUUCUUCUCAGUCUUCAAAGCUUGCUAGGGGAGCCCAACAACACAAGUCCAUUGAAUGGACAAGCUGCCGAGUUGUGGGAUACAAACCCUGAAGAGUUCAAGAAGAACGUGCUUGCUCGACACCGCGAAAUUGACGACGUUGAAUGA